UUUGCUUCCUCAACAAUGAAAAUCCUUAAAUUUCUUUUAUGUUUAAUUUGUGUGAAUUAUUGCAGUGGUUUUUCUUUAUCACAUGCAUAUUUAAAAUAUUUCCGACAUAAGGCGAUCGAAAUCAUUGAUCUGGCUAUACCCAAGAGCGAGUGUUCGAGACACCUAAAAGCUAUGACUAGAGAUUUAUUUAAUCUGAAGAAAUUAUGGGCUCUGAAAAUGUUGGAUGCCUCCUCAAAACCCCAACCAGGGUUUUUAACAGGAAACCUCUUCCAUUUUGGGAACUAUGACGAAUGUUUGGCUAUAGCUGAAGAUAAAGAAGAAUAUGGUGUUAUUGAGGGGCAGUACUGUACAGUUGCUGUCACCCCAGUUUCAAACACUUCAAGCGAUCUGGGGCAGAUACUGGAAUUUACCAAAUCCAUACCGGACAUAAUGGGGAUUGAAAGGAGCCGCGAGUUGUCUCAUAUCAUAAAAUACGUGAAGGUAGUUUAUGGAAUUUGUUUACCGAAGUCCUGUAAAGCGGAUAGUAUCCAGAAGCUCUGGAAUUACAUCGAGUACACCUUUAGGCUUCCAGUUCACAUCUCCACCUCGGAUGAUUUUUGUGUUUAUAAAGGAAAGACACCGUUUGAGUUUGAAUUUGACAACUUUGUCUGGUGGAUAUUCGGAAUUUACUUUGCUUUCAUCACUUUCUGCAGCAUUUAUGACAUGAUGUUUGAGGACGAAGAGACCAGUGAGGAGGAGGAGACCAUGUGGGUCGACCUACUAAAAGCAUUUUCCUUACAACGCAAUGCUAAGAAAGUUUUCAAUAUUGAACCAAAUCCCAAUGAAGACACGAAGUUCAGCUGCUUUCUGGGUUUUAAAGCGAUUAGUAUGCUUUGGAUUGUUUAUGGGCAUAGAUUUGCUUUAGGUUAUAUUUCUGGGAUUAUUAAUAUGAUGGUCUAUUUUGAGUGGAGAGAAACCGUACUAGCCCUCCUAAUCUUAGUAAACCCUUUUGCCGUUGACACCUUCCUAGUCAUAAGUGGAGUGUUGAUUUCUUACAAAUACAUGCAGCUCAGAGACCUUUUACCUGCAGGAAAACCAUUUCCUUACUUCAUGUACUACCUUAUGCGAUUCUUAAGACUUUGGCCCGGCUUAAUCGCCACCGUACUCUUUUACACAUGCGUCAUGAAGUAUUUGACAGACGGUCCUAUGUGGACUAUUUUCACUUAUAAGUUAUGUCUCAGUUGUAAGUUUACCGGAUGGGCUACAGCUCUGUUUAUGUCGAAUUUUAUGAAGUUUCAUUACCAAUGUGUAGAACCAACCUGGUACUUAGCAGUAGACACUCAACUCUAUUGCAUAUCACCACUGUUACUGUAUUGUCUCUAUAAGUACCCUAGAAGAACCACGUUUGGUUGCCUUAUCGCAUGCGUUUGCUCAGGAUUGUGGACUUACUACGUCACACUCGUUGAUAAAGAAAGUUGGUUGCCAGCAGAGGGUGACGAUAACUACUACAAAAGAAUUUACCAAUCAACUUUCGUCCGAAUGCCCGUAUGGCUUAUUGGAAUUUUAGUAGGAACUCUACUCUAUAACUAUCCAAACAUUAAACUCUCAAAGGUUAUAGUAAAUUCCUUCUGGACCACAUCAGCUACCAUUAUAGGAGGAAUCAUUUGGGUGACUUACUUGAUGGCUAAUAAGCCUUAUGAUGAAUAUAGUGCGGCCCUAUUUAACUCAAUGGCACGCCACCUGUGGGGUAUUGCCAUAAGUUUAAUUAUUAUUUUGUGUUCUACUGGACAUGGAGGAAAGGUAAAUCGGAUUUUGUCAUCAAAAUAUUUUAAACCAAUGGUGAGGAUUUCAUAUAGUGUUUUCCUGCUUCACUCUGUUAUAAUUUUGCUGUUUCAAGGAGGCAAGAGGAGUCCAAGUUAUCAUAGUGAUUUUCAGAUUUUUCAUGGAUUCUUAGGUGAUCUACCUUUGGUGCUCCUAGGGGCAUUCGUCUGGUGUCUCUCAUUUGAAUCUCCUUUUAUUAGCAUUGGCAAAAUCAUCGUAAAAUAUUACAAAGAAGGUUAUCGUAAUAUGAAAAUUGCCCUGCCUGAAAAGAGAGAGCAGAACCCAAGAGAUGAGUCCAAAGGGAAACUAAGUGAUGUGAAAACUAAGAAAAUAAAAUAAGUGUAGUUGUAUGACAUUGGAAAUAAAUUGUUUGUAUUUUUUCUAA